AAUAGAAAACCCCCUGGUAAGAACCCCAUCUUUUCCUCCCAAAACCCAAAAGCCUCUCUAAACCCUCCGACGCUUCUCAGAUGUCUCUCUCCUCUUCCUCCUCACUCAUCUUCUCGCCCCAAGGCCUCUCUUCCACCAGCCGUUGGGAGUCUAAGAGGGUUCCAAUACCAUCGAGAAAUCUAUGUUUGGGGAGGAGUUUUCGAGUGAGAGCAGGUCCAAAGAGGAUAUCUUUUGGCAACGAUUGCAGAAAAACGUUACAAACUGGUAUAGAUAAGCUCGCCAACGCUGUCGCCGUGACCUUGGGACCCAAAGGGCGUAAUGUUGUCCUUGAUGAACCAGGAGUGCCCAAAGUAAUUAAUGAUGGGGUUACAAUUGCUCGGGCUAUUGAACUUUCAGAUGCAAUUGAAAAUGCUGGGGCAAUGCUAAUUCAAGAGGUAGCAUGCAAGACAAAUGACUCUGCUGGUGAUGGGAGCACCACGGCAAUUGUUUUGGCUCGAGAAAUGAUCAAGUUAGGAUUGUUGGCUGUGGCUUCUGGGGCUAACCCAGUUUCUCUAAAAAAGGGUAUUGAUAAAGCUGUUUGUGAACUGAUCAAAAUCUUGAGGAGCAAAUGCAGUCCUAUAAGCGGGAAGGAGGAUAUAAAAGCUGUAGCUGCAAUCUCUGCUGGCAACGAUGAUUUUAUUGGGAGUCUUAUCUCUGAGGCUAUAGAUCAGAUUGGUCCUGAUGGAGUGAUCACAAUUGAAUCAUCAUCAUCUUUUGAUACUGUUAUUGAGGUUCAGGAAGGAAUGAAGAUAGACAAAGGCUACAUGUCACCGCACUUCAUCACAAAUCAGGAUAAAUCAAUUGUGGAGUUUCAGAAUGCUAAAGUUCUAGUAACUGAUCAAAAGGUGACAAAUGUUAAAGACAUCAUCCCUCUGUUAGAAAAGACCACUCAACUGAGUGUUCCUCUAUUAAUUAUUGCUGAGGAUAUCUCAAGUGAGGUGCUGGCAACAUUGGUCCUUAACAAGCUGAGAGGAAUAUUAAAUGUCGCAGCUGUCAAGUGUCCAGGGUUUGGGGAAGCAAAGAAAGCUCAUCUGCAAGAUAUUGCUCUUAUGACAGGUGCUGAUUUUGUUUCUAGUGACUUGGGCUUGAUGCUUAGAGGUGUAACUUCAGACCAGCUAGGUGUUGCUCAGAAGAUAACUAUAACAAGUAACUCAACAACCAUUGUUGCUGACCCAUCUAUGAGAGCUGAGAUUCAGGCAAGAAUUUUACAAAUAAAGAAAGAUUUGACUGAAACAGAUAGUUCCUACCUAGCAAGGAAGCUUUCUGAGAGGAUAGCAAAACUCUCAAGUGGUGUAGCUGUGAUCAAGGUAGGGGCACCCACUGAGGCGGAACUUGAGGACAGGAAACUUAGAAUCGAGGAUGCGAAGAACGCGACUUCUGCUGCCAUAGAUGAGGGUAUAGCACCAGGUGGAGGGGCGACAUUGGUCCAGUUAUCAAAGCAUAUUCCCACCAUAGUGCAUCUGAUUGAUGACCCGGAAGAGAAGAUUGGUGCUGACAUAGUUGGAAAGAUGAAUGUGCAUUGUAACUUAAGGGCUUUCUGGACCUUUAGGCACUCCUUGUACCAGCCUCAUCAAUAGCCAGCAAUGCAGGAGUUGAUGGUUCAGUCAUUGUGGAAAAGCUUCUCUCUUGUGCCUGGCAGAUUGGCUAUAAUGCAAUGACCAAUGAGUUUGAAGACCUUCUCAAAUCUGGUGUCGUAGAUCCAUGCAAAGUUUCAAGGUGUGCGCUCCAGAAUGCAGCUUCUAUAGCUGGGAUAGUUCUAAUGACCCAAGCAGUCAUGGUAGAUAAAAUAAAGAAGCCAAAGCCUGUCGUGCCUUUGGUUCCUGGAAUUACUCCAUAGCUUUAGGGGAUAUACGGAUGAGAACUCAGAAGAUAGCCAUUGAACCAGCAGAAAGCAGAGUUUGUCAGAUAUGUUGAAGCCUGACUGGAAAUGCUUGCUGCUCUGUUUAUUGAUUCCCCGAAGGAUGACAUAAUGCCGGAGGUUGAAACAUUUGCCUGUACUGAUAAAAGUUGCUUCUGAGAGUGUCGUCAACUUCGACUUCUAACAGGUGUUCUUUUCUGAAGAUAUGGCUCUCUGAAGAUGCCACCUGUUUACUGCUGGUCAUAACCUAGUAUUUUCUCUGCCUGGAGGCAUUCUUCAUCAGAAAUGUGUCAUGACCUCCUAGGAAAAGAUCAGGCAACUCUAAGGGCUUUUAUUUUGUACAUAUAACUAACAACAAGUUUUAGAGAGCUUUUAACAGUGUUUUUGAGCAGUAAUGACAGAACAGGUGUUUGAAGGUCCGAGAAAUCUCGUCUUCUUUGUGUAAAAGGCAGUAUUCUCUCUCAUUUUUCACAUACAAUGUUUGUAACAAUGCCAGAAUUUGUUUGUGUUGCAAUACCUAUUUUUUCUUGUUAGACUUACAGUAA